AUGGCCGAACCCACCCAUCAGACCGAAACCAUGACCGGUUUCAAGCCCUUGUCCAACGCAGAAGACUAUUCCCUCCCUGCGACAGCCAGCGAUUUGUCUCCACGGGCCGAGGCUGCCAUGGCGAAUGGUCUUCCCUUGGAGACUGCCGACGAAGACCACGAGGAGGUGGACGAAGACUAUGUCGCAGUCGACCCUGAUGAGAUUAGUGAUUUCUCAUAUUGGCUUCGGCGCCCGCCUGUGCAUCAUCGCACCAAAUUGGAUGAACUGCAUCCUUUUGUCCAAAUUCUGACGGUGUCCAAUGUCGACGAUUGUGUCGAGGUUGAAAACGCAUUUCCAGAAAACGAGCGCUGCUCUCGAGAGAAGUUCAUCUACCGCCUCACAAAAUGCCCUGAAUUAUGUCUAGGCCUAUUCACCAUUCCCAUUGUACCAAAGGGCCAACCCAAGCCGCGUCCGACUUUGAUCGGUCAUAUCAUUGCCACGCGGGCCUCAACACAACUUGUCACAGACAAUGCCAUGAAGCUCCCGGCCAACUGGAAGAGUGCUCGCGUCGUUACGGAGAACGGAGAGACCAUCGGACACGACGAGUAUGGUAGCACCAUCGCCAUCCAUUCCCUCGCUGUACUUCCGGAACACCAGGGCAAGCAAGUCGGAAGCACUCUGAUGAAGUCAUAUAUCCAGCGGAUCAGGGAAGCCGCGAUCGCUGAGCGCAUCUCCAUCAUUGCGCAUGACCAUCUGGUGCCUUUUUACGAGUCUUUUGGGUUUGAAAACCGUGGUCCCAGCAAGUGUCAGUUUGGCAGCGGCGGAUGGACUGACCUGGUGCUGGAAUUUACCCAGGAAUAA